CUCCCGGUGAGAACUGAGGAGAGAGUGAGAGAGAGAGAGAGAGGGAGAGAGACUCCUCCUCGUCUCCGGUGUCAAACUUGACAUCAGCCUCUGAGCCGAGAAUGGUAACUUGUGUCGGAACAGAAGCCCUCACAUGAGUGGCAUGCUUCAUGGAGUUAUGUACCUUGCUUUGCCCCCUGAACUGCUAUCAUGGAUUUCAAAACCUUAAUACUUUUCAUUUUUCUCUUCACGUUUAUUUCCAGCGCAGAAUUCAUUAUUCAUCCGUCCAAUGAAGUUAACCUGUUGGACUCCAAAGCAAGCCAAGGGGAGCUGGGUUGGAUAUCAUCCCCAUCCCAUGGGUGGGAGGAAAUUAGCGGUGUGGAUGAACACUACACACCCAUCCGGACUUUCCAGGUGUGCAACGUGAUGGAGUACAGCCAGAACAACUGGUUGAGGACCAACUGGAUUCCUCGCAAUUCUGCGCAGAAGAUCUAUGUGGAGCUCAAGUUUACCCUGAGAGACUGCAACAGUAUUCCCAUGGUCCUGACUUGCAAAGAGACAUUCAACUUACACUACCUAGAGACAGAUGAAGACCAGGGAAGUAAGUUCCGUGAGCACCAGUUCUCUAAAAUAGACACCAUCGCCGCCGAUGAGAGCUUUACUCAGAUGGACCUAGGCGACCGCAUCCUGAAGUUAAACACAGAGGUCCGUGAGGUGGGGCCCAUGACUAAGAAGGGCUUUUACCUGGCUUUCCAGGACGUGGGAGCCUGCGUGGCCCUGGUUUCAGUGCGGGUGUACUUUAAAAAAUGCCCUUUUACGGUGAGGAACCUGGCUAUGUUUCCUGACACGGUACCCACGGACUCUCAGUCACUGGUGGAGGUUAGGGGCUCCUGCGUCAAUAAUUCCAAGGAGGAGGAACCACCAAAAAUGUACUGCAGUACUGAGGGAGAGUGGCUGGUGCCUAUUGGGAAAUGCCUGUGCAACAUAGGUUACGAGGAGCGGGGAGUCGCUUGCCAAGCCUGCCGGCCUGGCUUUUAUAAGGCCUCCUCCGGGAACGUCAAGUGCUCCAAGUGUCCUCCGCACAGCUACACGCACCAGGAGGGCUCCGUCCACUGCGGCUGCGAGAAAAACUACUUCCGUGCGGAAGAAGAUCCCGCCUCUAUGGCCUGCUCCCGACCCCCAUCUGCCCCACGCAAUGUGAUCUCUGCCAUUAAUGAGACUUCAGUGAUUCUAGACUGGAACUGGCCGGCCGACAGUGGAGGCAGGAAGGACGUGACAUUUAAUGUAGUCUGUAAGCGAUGUUGGCCGGGUCCCAGACAAUGCGAACCCUGCAGAGGGGCUGUGCGCUUCCUGCCCCGUGCCUCUGGCCUCACUAACACGACAGUAACCAUGGCAGACCUCCUGGCACACACCAACUACACCUUUGAGAUUGAGGCCCAAAACGGAGUGUCCUCCCAGGCCCCCACGAUCCGCCAGUAUGCUGCUGUUACCAUCACUACCAACCAAGCAGCUCCAUCUGCAGUGACUGUCAUCAGGAAGGACCGAACAUCAAGGAACAGCAUCUCACUGUCUUGGAUGGAGCCAGAGAGACCCAAUGGGAUCAUUUUGGACUACGAGGUCAAAUACUAUGAGAAGCAGGAACAAGAAACCAGCUACACCAUCCUGAGGUCGAAGGGCACAAAUGUUACACUGAACGGACUAAAACCCGACACCACCUACCUGCUGCAGAUCAGAGCACGCACCGCUGCCGGUUACGGUGGUAGCAGUCGCAAGUUUGAGUUUGAGACCAGUCCAGACUCCUUUUCCAUCUCCAGUGAGAACAGUCAGGUAGUGCUGAUCGCUAUCUCCUCCGCUGUGGCCAUCAUCCUCCUCACUGUGGUGCUCUACAUUGUGAUUAGCAGGUUGUGUAGAUAUAGCAAGUCCAAACAUCCAGAUGAAAAGAGGCUGCCCUUUGGCAACGGCCACUUGAGACUGCCUGGCAUCAAGACCUAUGUGGACCCACAUACUUAUGAAGACCCGAGUCAAGCCGUGCACGAAUUCGCCAAGGAAUUGGAAGCGUCUUGUAUUGCCAUUGACAAAGUCGUUGGGGCAGGGGAGUUUGGAGAGGUGUGCAGUGGCCGACUGAAGCUACCGUCUAAGAAGGAGAUCUGUGUGGCCAUCAAGACUCUCAAAGCCGGAUACACAGAGAAACAGAGGCGGGACUUCCUCAGUGAAGCGAGCAUCAUGGGACAGUUUGAUCACCCCAACAUCAUCAGGUUGGAGGGUGUAGUCACACGAAGUAAACCCGUGAUGAUAGUGACCGAGUACAUGGAGAACGGCUCCUUGGAUGGCUUCCUGCGAAAACACGACGCCCAGUUCACAGUGAUUCAGCUGGUGGGCAUGCUACGUGGCAUUGCAUCUGGUAUGAAGUAUCUGUCGGAUAUGGGUUACGUGCACAGAGACUUGGCCGCUCGGAACAUCCUGGUCAACAGCAACCUAGUGUGUAAAGUGUCAGACUUCGGCUUGUCCAGAGUUCUGGAGGAUGACCCAGAAGCUGCCUACACAACAAGAGGUGGCAAGAUUCCAAUCCGAUGGACCGCACCAGAGGCCAUCGCCUAUCGUAAGUUUACCUCGGCCAGUGACGUAUGGAGCUAUGGGAUUGUGCUGUGGGAGGUCAUGUCUUACGGAGAAAGGCCUUAUUGGGAGAUGUCCAAUCAGGACGUGAUAAAAGCAGUGGAUGAGGGCUAUCGUCUUCCCCCACCCAUGGAAUGCCCUGCCACCCUUUACCAGCUGAUGUUGGACUGCUGGCAGAAGGACCGAAACAACCGGCCAAAGUUUGAGCAGAUUGUCAGCAUCUUGGACAAGCUCAUCCGCAACCCCAGCAGUCUCAAAAUCACGGCCAGCACUGCAUCCAGACCAGUAAAUCUGCUUCUGGACAGGACCAGCACUGAUAUCACUUCCUUUCACACGAUGGGCGAUUGGCUGGAGAGUGCAAGGACGUUGCCCUGUAAAGAUGCGUUCAGUGGUGUCAGCUAUAGCUCCUGUGAUACACUGGCCAAAACAUCAGCAGAAAUCUGUCUGACUGAAGUCAGACCAGCAGCCACUUGCCCUGAGUGGGAGCCGUCCAUGGGAAUUACAACACUUUAAAGCUUAUAGACUGGAUGGGACUUCAAGAAAGUCGGUGUGACGAUUGUUGGACCUCAGAAGAAGAUCGUGAGCAGCCUAACAACACUUGAAACACACUCAAAGAACGGUCCAGUUCCUGUGUAAAAUUAAAAACGAGUGAUGGAAAAGAAAGAUACUUAAAUGAGAUUGAUGCUGCUUUGGCUUUAACAGACCAGAAAUAGACAUUAAAUGAAAAGAGGAAGUGGAACUAGAAUUCUUGAAUACAUGUGCGAAGCAGAACAGCCUUCCUGGAGAAUGAUCACGUCUUCCCGGGCACGAGGUGCAAAGACAAGGAGCGCGUCUCUCAGCGAUUGACAGGUUGCCUUAUCGGUGAGACACGGGAGAGGCGGGUGAGCGUAGGCCUCAUGUUUAGGAGUCUACGCUCAUGCUUACAUGGCUCUUAUAGACAAAAGCCUCCUAGAGGAUGGAAGCUGGUCCGAUCUGAAUGGAUUUAAUGAAAAGCUCUUCACAUGUGGCAGGGGAGCAUUAAAAAGCCUUCAGGAAAAACUUUGCAAAAGCAUUUGUCUUCCUUUUGGAAGGUAGCACUUCAGAGAGGCAAUAGUUUUGGUGGUUUUGGGCCACUUGUGGAAAAGCCCCCUUUAAUUCUUCUGGAGAAAAGCAGGAGAAAUACAGCUGGUUACUGUUAGAGCAAUCUGGUAAUGCUUGUUAGGAUCUGACACAUUUGGCUAUAUAUUUGAUAAUAAACCAUUAAUCUGCAAGUGCAGAGAGCCAUUCUCGAGAAUCAGGGAUGGAGUAGAGGAGGCGUUUGGUAAACUUGCCAUUUAAAAGGUUUAUUUGUUAAUGUAGCCCAUGACAUAUGUUUGUUUGUACCACUGUGUUCAGAUGAUAUAUGAAUUCAUUAUCAAAUAAAAACAAUACACUACAAAGAAAAAAAAUGUUUACUAGAAUCAGUAACAGUCAGUAAAUCAUAAUGUACUGAAUCAUUUUUAUGGUUGCAUCACAUAAGAAAACCAGACAGAAUACCAGCAGUGUGUUGAUCUCAGAUAUGUUAAGGGACAUGGGCUAUGUUCGAAAUAAAAUACUAGCUUACUACAUACUGCCUGUUUAGUGGGUGAAACAAAGGAUUUUGCAACAAGAUUUCAAAUUAUAGUGUUGUCACAUGACCUAAUCACGCUGCUUGUUUAAUUCAACAGCAUCCAGUAAUAUGGUUCCUUUGCCUUUUUAAUCCAAAUAUGUGCAAAAUUCAUAUUGAAAUGAUGUUGACUUGAUAUCACUGACUCGCUCCACCUCAGAAACUACUACUCUUUUCGUUUGUCGCCACAAAUCCCUCUUAUUUUUCAGCUACUUCAUUCCAAUCACCUGAAUGCAUUCUGGCAACACUAUUUUUUUUUUACAAUCCAAUCAGUUCUCAAUUGAUUAAAGUCCCAGCCCUCAUUUUUUUCACAUUUGGCAGCCAAUCAAAUAAUGAGUCAAGAAAGACAAUUAAAUGUCACAUGAUUUUUUUUUUUUUUUUUCCCCAAACCACUUAAAGGAUAGUUCACCCAAAAUGAAUAUUCUGUCAUCAUUUACUCAACCUCAUGUUGUUCCAAACCUGUAUGUCUGUAUGGAUCUUCUGUGGAACAUAAAUAAGAUAUACUGAGAAUAUUUUUUUUUUUUUUUUUUUUGUCAAUGAGCCCCAAAACAGAUUAGUUACUAAAACUUUUCAAAAUAUCUUUUGUGUUCUGCAGAUGAAAGAAAGUCAUACAGGUUUGGAAUUACAUGAGGGUGAGUAAAUGGUGACAGGAUUUCUGUUUUUUGGGUGAACACUCCCUUUAAACACAAACCCCACCCCAGAGCUGAUUUCAUUGGUCAGCUCAAUCAGGCAGUCACCUGUCAAGACAUGACUGAUGCUGCUGACAUGACCAAUGAAAUCUGCUGGGUGGAGUGUGUGCUGAACUGGUUUAGGGAAACGAAUAGUGCAAAUAUCACUGCUACUUCCAGCAAUGCGUCACACAGGAAAUGGAAGUUUAAAUCAAGCGUGUUGCAUUGUGGCAUAUAGUACUGUGUGCCGUGUACUCUGUUAGUAUACAGUAGUAUAUCACUUGGAUAUUCCACACAGAACAUAUGCAUUCUGUGCACAGUAUACACUGUAUACUUUAAAAAUAGCAAUAGUAGUAUGGUAGUGUGCUAUUCCGAACAUACCCAUUCUCUGUAGUUUCCUGUAGUAAAGUUCAUUUUGAGAUCAGGGACCUCGUUUAUAAAAUGUUGCGUAGAAACCAUCCUACAUUUGAUCGUACGAUCAUUUCUCAAAUGUGCGUAUGUGUGAUUCAGAGAACGCACGCACGCACGCACGCACGCGCACACACACACACACACACAAAAAGAAAGUGUGUACGCCUCUCUUCCAGAUGUGAAGUCUAUAAAUUGCAAAUGAUCUUGAAAUUCUGUGCUGGUGAAUGGUUUCAGAUCUCCGCCUUGUAAACGCUACCUAAUUCAUUUCAUUAACCAACCCGAUCUCACAGCAAUUUGUAUGUAUUUUACGAGGUGGCUAAUUCGUAUGAAUUAGUAGGACCUCACUUCAAAAAGGAUCACCAGGAAGGACUGCCCCUAAACCUACCCAUCACUGGGGUCGAGACAAAAGUGAGGUCUAGACAAAUUCGGACGAGGAGUGAGGUCGUCCGAAUUUGUACGAAUUAGCCACCUCGUCAAAUACUUACGAAUUGCUAUGAGAUUGCAUUGCAUUAACACAUAAAAGAACACCAGUCAACAUCCAAAUACUUUACUUGAGAAUGAUAAGCAGCAAAAUUUGCUUAGAUUUCCAAAUACCUGCAAUACUCCGACUCUCUGCCACAAGGAAAAGUGCGUACGUCUGUUUAGAACCUGACAUGAUGCUAAGCAUUUUUCCACGUCAAAGACCAUUUUUCAUUUUUCAAAUAUGAACAUUGGCGUGGAUUUUAGCACACUCUACAAUCAAAUUUGUACGCACAUUUUAUAAAUGAGGCCCCAGGACUAUGAAAUCUUCCAGAAGGUUCAUGUAAAGGGGUAUUCUGAAAGGACAGUGGCUAUCUGAUCAUGAACACUCAGGAUUCAUAGCCCUCAUCUUUAAAAUACAAGGUUCCUGGUUGUUUAUUAUUUUGAGACUGAAUAUUGGCAUUAGGCCUAAUGCACUUCUAAGUGGCUCAACAAUCGCAAAUCAUCAUCUGAAUAUUUUCUUAAGACAUCCUCGUCGUAAAAUCAAUGGUGCACAUGCCGGUCUGACCAUGUACUGCACUACCUUAUGAAGGAACAGUCCAUUUUUCCUCUACGCCCCUUUCAUUCUGCCUGUAAAUGUUGCUUUACCCCUGCUGUUAGCAUGUACAUACAGUAUGUGAACCGGACCUGUGAUGAUAGCAAUGGUUACUCUAGAGGUACUCUAUCAUUUACCUGGCCAUCCCUGUACAAAUGUCUGUAUGUAUGUAUAAAAGAAUGAACAAAAUAUCUGUACAACCUUUACAGAAUUCCAUUGUAUUAUAUUUUAUGUUAUUUUGUAUUGUAUUUGUUUUUACAUAAAAACAAUUAUAAUGA